UAGAGGACGGAGAAACCACUCCCUACGGAGCUCCAGAAUCCAUCUUCUCUCCAAUCCUAGUUUCUCGUCCUGGCUCCAAACAUUACAAGUAAUAUUGUAUAUGUAAAGGUUCACAUAAAAACACAACUACAACGUUGUGUGCAUCUGGCGCGUGUGUCAGAAGGAUAAUUAGAGACAGAGUCAUUUGUUAGAGUGAGAGAGAGAGUAAGAGAGAGAGAGCUACGCUAGCCGGGUAGAAAGCGUCAGCUCCUGGUAGCGUCCACACCCAGUACUUACCAGACCCUAGUCACUACCUCCCAUCGGACCUGGAGUUUAAAUCUAAACAAAAACAACAAUAAAACUGUUCUGUAGAAAAUAUGGUGAUUUGGACACGUGAAUCCAGUGAAUAAAUAUUCUCCGUCUCCAAUCUGAUUUAAGGUGACGUGACGUGAAGAUUUCAAAGUUCCAAAAUGUCGAAUCCUGAAGAAAUGGACCAGACAGAAUACGAUUACGAGGACUCAUCUCUGAGCUCUGCAGUUCCUGCAAGCCUGGAUAUGGAUUUUCAGAAAAUAAUCGAAAAUAGCUCCAUGAAGACAGAUUUCGUAGACUCAGCUACAGAUUCAAGUGUCAGCAUCAUCGGAACAAGUGAUGGAUAUAUACUGGGAGAUGAGAAUAAGUGGGGUUGGAUAACUCUGUAUGUUGUCACCAUUGUGAUUGCAGUUCUCGGCAACCUUCUCUUUAUCAUUUCAUCCCUGUGCACUAGACGGAGCAGGAAUACCGGUCACUAUCUACUAUUGAACCUGAGUGUACGGGAUAUCCUGGUGGCAGGGUUGUGUAUACCCUUCACCCUCGACUCAGAGAUCAUUCAUCUAACCUGGAACCUCGGCCUUGAGUACUGUAUCUGCUUCAGAUAUUUCUACUACUGUUUCCUGUUUUUCCUCCCGCUAACCGCGCUCUUCCUCUCCUUCCACCUGUUUGCUGAAAACUGCAAGUGGAACUUUUCUGAAGACGUUAUCCGACCUUGGUCUCACACCCUCUACAUUCCUCUCAUCUGGCUUCUCUCCGCCGUGUUCGCCGUUCCCACGGUGUUCUACACCGAGCUCCGCCCCUGGGAGGAGGAUCCCUACAGGAAUGUUAUUGCAGGAAGGCCGGAAGGUGCCGUGGUGUGCAUGCACCGAGGAGGAGAGUAUGAAUACGGAUCUCUGUUCUUCUACUUCUCUUCCUUCCUCCUGACCUUUGUGGUUCCCGUGGUUCUCCUGUUUAUCCCAUGGUGUGCCCUGCUGGUCCAGUCUGCUGCUUGCUGCACCCGGAAACUCAGGAGGUACGAUCUUUGGCUCUCCAUCAUUACGCUAUUCCUCAUUCUCUUCUUUGAGGCCUCCCGCGCACCGUUUGAGCUGUUCAACAUCUUCCACGCCCUCACCAACUGGAAGUAUGGAGAGUUUCUCCCCAUCAGUGAAUUCCUGGUCCUUGGAGAAUCCUACAUAGGAGUGAUGAAGUGGGCCGUCUACGCCCCCGCGAUGCUCCACCCUAUUCUGUACUUCUUGCUCUGUGCAGAUGCUCGUCAUGGACUCUGUAUUCUGUUCCGCCGACUCUGCCCCUGCUGUUUAUCCAAGGGUGGAGAGGAUAUCGAGGCAAACUCAGAUGAUGAGAAGAACAAGAUGCUCCCUGAGAGUUCUCUAGAUGGAGACGGAAGCCAGGAACCUCUUCAACCUUCAAACAUUCCUCUUCAAUCCAAGGAAGAAGAUCAGAUGUGAAAAAUUCUUAAGAUGGAUGAGAGCGAGAUACCCUGUAUGUGUCAUUGAAGAAAGUUCCCUGCAAUCACCAGGAUUAAACUAAUGGAUAUCUCGGCCGUUCCAAACCUUGUUUCAGUUUUAACAAACUCUAGUUCAACCCUUCUCCUCCUCCUCCUGUCUAGUGUUAGCUAGCUGCAGUCCUAUACUAUUCCUUAUCUCUCAAGCUUUAAUCCAUCUUUACCUUUUAGUAGCAGCUAUCGUUAUCCCUUCCUUAACGUAUCCUCCUCUACUACCUUCUUCCAUGGACUGAGAAUGUUUCAGUUUCAAAGUAAAAAAAUUGCUCUCCUUCUCUGAAAGUUCGAACCCUCUUUCUCUCAUUUCUCUCUAACAGGAUUGCAGGAACUCUGAACCUCCCUUCGAGGAUUAUAAAACAUCCACCAACUGUGGCCAGGGGUAUCCAAGCCUCCAUCAACUGUGGCCAGGGGCAACAAGGCCUCCCCCAACCAAAGCCAGGAGAUCCCAGAACCAGAACUUAACCAAAUGUGACCAGGGGCAACCUGACAUAAACCAAUCUUAACCAGGGGCAACAAGACAUGAUCAUUGAUCAAUAUCUUGCUAUGAGCAAGCUUUACAUUGGGUUAACACACCAAGGAUCUUUUCGAUGAGAGCUAGAAAAUCAUAAACCUUGGUCCAGAUAACCCCAGGCAUUAGGAAUCUCAGUACCCCUCCUCCCCCUUAAGCCGGUUAGAGUGAUCUCACUGUGUAUAUAUAUAUAAGUUAUGUUAGAUGUUCAACGUUUAAAAAUAUCUAAAGACAUUAUAUAAAGCUUGCCAUUAUUACGUACAAUGUAUGUACAAUGUAUAUAUAUACAUAAGUUUAAGUGAAGUAAGUCCUGGAUACCUGGAUAAGAUAGGAGAUAUUCGAGAUAAAAAUUCUUUACAAGAAAUCUUGAAACUCAUUGAUUUGGUGACAAAUGUUGAUCCCUCCUCUCUGUGGAAGCUUGUUGACAAUUCGUCCCUUGGCUGGCCUAGUAAUGAUAUGGUGCCCGGAUUCAUGCAAACGUAUCUAAAUGAGUCAAUGCAUGUGUCCUAGAUCUGGCGGGUUCUGAUGCCAAGAAAAUUAUAUGAAAGCAGAUCUCAGGGUCGGAAAAAUAACCGAGGGACAACUUUUUAGCUUAUUUACGGAAGAGCUUUACAUCACUUUCCAUCACAAAUUCAUAAAAUUUGAAACUUUCCAGUAAUACAAACAUCUAUAGAAUUCAAGCGAGAUUUUAAUACUUUCAUAAACGAAAAAACAAUUCAAUAAACGCAAGCAUAAAUAAAUAUGAAAAACUAAAAACAAAGAAGAAAGUUCAAUUUAAAUUAUAAUACUCAAAUGUUGGCCAUUUUUUUCAAUAUCCCCGAAACCCUGUGUUUAGCCAGUGUUAAAUCAAAUGUAUAUCUGUGUCUCUAAAUUAAGAUUCUAGUCAGUACUCAGUAGACAACCAAAUCCAUACAUAACCUAUACCUGGAGAAUUCUGGGGUUUAUGGAAUGGAAGGGUACUUCAGAAAAGUACUAACAUUUCUCCAGGUGUACAAUUAUGGAGUACUACAGAUGUACAAUUGUGGAGUAAUCCAGAUGUACAAUCUAGGAGUACUCGAGAUUUAUAAUCUAGGAGUACUCGAGGUUUAUACUAUAGGAGUACUCGCGGUUUAUUCUCUAGUAGUACAGGUGUACACUCUGGGAGAACUAGAGGUUUACACUCUAGGAAUUUACAAGGUUUAUAAUCUAGAAGUACUCCAGGUGUACACUGAGUACUUGCAAGUUUAUAUUCAGAAAGUACUCCAGGUUUAUUGUCAAUAGGUUAAUGUUCAAGGAGUACUUCUGGGAUUAAAAAAGUACAUUUACUAUAGAUGCGAUCCUUAUUGUCAUGAUGAUAAACAUUGAUUCAAAAUUUCGUCUUUCAGAAGAAUUUUGAGGGCAGAGCAUGUUAAAAUUAUUCAAAACUGAAAUUUAUCAAAAUAUAAUCUUUUGUGAAGAAAAUACAUGUUUUGUAAACAGUAUACAUAUUUGUUUUGUACACAGGAUACAUUAUAGUUUAUGAAAAAUGUUUUCCAAGAAGAAUGUUGGUACAUUUUAAUCAUUCUGUGAACCUAAUGUUUGCCAACUAAUUUUAUCCCCCCCCCCUUCUCCUCCUUACAAUCUGGCCAAAAAAAACAAGAUUUUAUGAUGUAGAUUUUAACCCGUGGAAUAAUAUUUAAAAAGAUUUGUAAAUAUACGCACCCAUUCUACUUUUUACCCUAUAUAUUUUUCCAAUUUAUUUACAAGUACAAUUUUGUAUGAAACCUAAUCAUACUUUGGGAAAUGCUAUUUUCCUGUUUCUCAAGAUAAGGUUCUCUCCCUAGGGAACAGCUUCAUUUCAAUAUUUCACAAGCGUCCUAUAUCUAGAUACACUGUACACUUACAGUUCUUUGAACCAGAUUCUCUAAUCCGGGAUACAGGCUUUUUUAAUCAAGGAUACAUGAGAAACUCAUUCCUAUUUCUAGGAUUCAGGUUUCUUCAGUCCAUGAUACAUAGGAUACUGAUUUUAUUCUAGGAAACAGGUUUCUUUUGUCCAGGAUACAUAGGAUACUGUAUCCUUGUUCCAGGAUACAGGUUCCUUGAGUCAAGGAUACAUCGGAUACUGAUUCCUUAUUCUAGGAUUCAGGGUUCUUUAGUCUAUGAUACAUAGGAUACAGGUUUCUUUUGUCCAGGAUACAAAGGAUACAAUCUCCUCAUUCCAGGAUACAGGUUUUCUUGGUUUGUGUAUCUUUGGACAAGUUGCAAACUAAACCUAGGAAAUAGUUUCGGGUCUAGUAUUAAGAAUAGUUUGAACCUUGAAUAUAGGGUUCUGUAUCCAGGGUUCAGCUUGUACUAGAUAAACGACAUUUUACAGUUUAUACACGCAAAGUGUUAAUGAUAUUAUUAUAGUUCAAAAUAAAACUUCGGUAAUUUUACUUCAAAUUCUCACUUUACUAAAAAAUAAAUUUAAACUUUUUCCACUAUUUAUAUAAUACUUAAUACGAGUUUUGUAACGUGCAUGUUCUAACUGAUGGUUUUUACAUCAAUUAUAAUCAAAGUCAUUUCAAUAGAAAACUUAAAAAAUCCUCAUGAAAUUUCAGCAUUUUUAGAACUUUCAUGAACAGGGUGUCCUCAAAUAAAUGUCAAAAAUAUUGUGAUCACCCUGUUUUAAAACUGAUGUGUAGUACAAACCCAACAUGAUAAUUUAUAGCAUAAAUAGGAGUGUCCAGAAUGUACAUUAUUAUUUACUAUGAAAUUAUCAUGGUAUUUAUAGAUAUGUAGUCUAUCUGCUUAAAAAUGAACCUGCUAACAUAUAUGUUGAUUGGAUAAUAGCUUUUUUUCAGUAUGUGUUCAAUAAAUUUGUGUGUUCUCGUC